AUGGGGGGUCAUACUGCAGUGGUGUGUUCGGUUCUGCUGGCCCUAUGCGGUGUGCUACUGCUCAGAGGAGGGGAGAGCGCAGGAGGCAUAGUCUCUAUAGGCCAGGCUGUGGAGAAGAGAUGGAUGGACGGAGGAAUGGAGGCCCUACAUGGAGAGGAGUCCCAGGAUGAGCCGGCUAAAGAAGAGGAGCUCACAGAAACACAAAGGCAGACUGGCAAGGCAAAGAGAGCCACAGAGGAAGAAGCCGUACCAGCCCGGGUCAGGAGAGCCCCAGAGGAGGAUGGCAAAGGGAAGAAAAAGAAGGGCAAGAAGGACAAGAAGAACAAGGAGUCUAAAGCAGCCAAAAAGCCGAAGGAGAAGGGAGGCCGCCGCGGCAAAGACAAGGAGCCACGGACAGAAGCACCAACAACUCCACCACCGACCACUACCACACUACCACCGACCACUACCACAGAGGUGUACACAGAACCAGCUCCCACAGAACCUGACCCAUACCCAGACUUUCCCUAUUCAGACAGCGAGGAUGAGUACUGGAACCCUGAUGAUGAUAAGCCAGCCACCCCAGAGACCGACUCAGAGGACGAGUACUGGAACCCUGAUGAUGAUAAGCCAGCCACCCCAGAGACCGACUCAGAGGACGAGUACUGGAACCCUGAUGAUGAUAAGCCAGCCACCCCAGAGACCGACUCAGAGGACGAGUACUGGAACCCUGAUGAUGAUAAGCCAGCCACCCCAGAGACCGACUCAGAGGACGACUACUGGAAAGGAAAGGAGGAGGAGCCUGCAGGCCCAGUGGUCGACCCAGAAGAUGACUAUUGGAAUGGAGAGGACCCGACGGCCACACCCCCCACUCUUGUGGUGGAUGGAGAGGUGGACACGGGAGAUGAAGACUACUGGGACGCUAAAUACGAGGUGCCCGAGAAUCUUCCUUUCCCUGACGGUAAAGAGGUCGUCCCCACAGAGAAAGAUGACUGGAGCUACGCUGUCACAGAGGACUCUGUUACACCGCCACCCACCUAUGUAAGCCCAUGGUACGAGGAGUACGACUACGGAUAUAGUGGUGGACAGAGUAUAAGGAAAGAAAAGGAGAGAGAGGAUAGAGAGAGAGCUCAGCAGAGGAGGGAGGAGGAAGAUAGGGAAAAAGCCAAGAGACCACCUGUAUUCAAAGAGCCCAAAAAGUGUCCUCCACUGGGUAUGGAGUCUCACAGGAUAGAAUCAGACCAGCUGCUGGCCUCCUCCAUGUCUCACUACCGCUAUAGCCAGGGCAGGGCACGACUCAACAUGCAGGCUUCGGAGGAUGAGGAAGAGGACAUGCGUGGUGGGGCGUGGUGUCCUAACCAAGAGGACAAGAUUCACUGGUUUGAGAUCGACGCUCGCAGAGCAACAGAGUUUACUGGAAUCAUAACACAAGGACGAGACUCACGCAAUGAGAGUGACUUUGUGACAUCAUACUAUGUGCAAUUCAGUAAUGACAGCAGAGAAUGGACAACCAUGAAUGACGGUUACUCUGACUGGUUGUUCUUUGGUAACUCUGAUAAGGACACCCCAGUGCUGAAUCAGUUAGCUGAGCCCAUACUAGCUCGCUACAUCAGAGUCAUCCCUAAGAGCUGGAACGGCAGUUGCUGUAUGAGGCUAGAGGUGCUGGGAUGCCCACUGCCUGACCCCACCAGUGCUUACCAAAGGCUGCAGAAUGAGGUGACUCCAGUCCAGUACCUGGACUUCAGACAUCACAACUACUCAGAUAUGGUCACGCUGAUGAAGUCUGUGUCUGAGGAGUGUCCCAACAUCACCAGUAUGUACAGCCUGGGCCGCAGCUCCAAUGGACUAGACAUCGUGGCCAUGGUGAUAUCAGGCAACCCCACAGAACACGAGAUAGGUGAGCCAGAGUUCCGCUACACGGCUGGUCUCCAUGGAAACGAGGCGACAGGGCGGGAGAUGGUUCUUCUUCUGAUGCAGUACCUUUGUAAGGAGUACAAAGACGGCAACCCCAGAGUGCGCCGCCUGGUGGAGGGAAUACGUACCCACCUGGUGCCCUCGCUGAAUCCUGACGGACAGGAGAAGGCCCUCACAGCGGGUUCAGAGCUGAGUGGUUGGACCACAGGCCACUGGACGGAGGACGGCCAUGACAUCUUCCACAACUUCCCUGACCUGAACAGUGUUCUGUGGGAGGCAGAGGACAAGGGUAUGGUGCCCAAACUGACCCCCAAUCAUCAUGUCAAGAUCCCUGCAGACACAGUGGGGGACGACAAGAUAGCUGUGGAGACUCAAGCCAUCAUCUCGUGGAUGGAGAGCCACCCGUUCGUACUGGGGGCCAACUUCCAGGGAGGGGAGAGGGUAGUGGCCUACCCCUAUGACAAUCACCGCCUAACCAAGACCGCCAGCGCCAGCGAGAGAGACAGGGCACACAGCCGCAAGAAGAGACAGUACGAGGACGAGUAUGACAGAGGGACAGAUUGGGAUAGGGGCUACGACCGUGAGGAGCCAGAGGAAGAUGAUAGGAACAGGGGACACCAGGAGCCAGAAGAGGACCGGUGGAACAGGGGACACCAGGAGCCAGAAGAGGACCGGUGGAACAGGAGAUACCAGCAGCCAGAAGAGGACCGGUGGAACAGGGGACACCAGGAGCCAGAAGAGGACCGGUGGAACAGGGGAUACCAGCAGCCAGAAGAGGACCGGCGGAACAGGGGAUACCAGCAGCCGGAAGAGGACCGGUGGAACAGGGGAUACCAGCAGCCGGAAGAGGACCAGUGGAACAGGGGAUACCAGGAGCCAGAGGAGGAGUGGAGGGGGCAUGGCUAUGGUCACAGGGAAGAGGAAGAGGAGGAUGACAGAGGGAGGGGGGAACAUCAGGACGCAGAGCCUGAGGAUGAACCCAGGGCCACGGCAGACGCCUCCUUUUUCAGGUGGUUGGCCAUCUCCUACGCCUCCACUCACCUGUCGAUGACAUACACUUCCCACGGCUCCUGUCACGGCGAUGACAUCACUGGCGGCGUCGGAAUCAUCAACCGCGCCAAGUGGAAGCCCGUCACAGGAAGUAUGAAUGACUUCAGCUACCUGCACACUAACUGUCUGGAGCUGUCAGUGUUCCUGGGCUGUGAUAAGUUCCCCCAUCAGAGUGAGCUGGUCAUCGAGUGGGAGAAGAACAGAGAGGCUAUGCUCACCUUCAUGGAGCAGGUGCAUCGUGGGAUCAGGGGCGUGGUGAAAGACAAAGAGGGGAACCCCAUCGCUAAUGCCACAGUGUCUGUAGAGGGGGUCAACCAUGAUGUCACUACAGCUGUAACAGGGGACUACUGGCGCUUGUUGAACCCAGGUGAGUACCGUGUGACAGUGCGGGCAGAAGGCUUCACCCCCCUGACCAAGCUGUGUGUGGUGGGUUACGAGCCAGGGGCAACUACCUGCAGCUUUAACCUGGCCAAGUCCAACUGGGACCGCAUCAAACAGAUCAUGGCCCUGCACGGCAACAAGCCCAUCCGCCUUCUCAGCCACGGCGGAACACGACGGAACACAGCCUCGAACGGUAACAGCCGUGUGUUGCAUAACAACGGCGCUGCCGCCAUUGAUCCUGAGAAGAGUCGCAUGCGCCAGCAAAAGCAGAGGCUCGCCCGCCUCCGUCGUCUACGACAGCAGAAACUGAUGAGAUCGACAACGACUUUGCCCCCGACAACCACGCCGGUUCCCACGACAACAGAGGCGGAGCCCACCACUGCCUGGUACGACUCGUGGCUCAUAGGAGAGGGGCAAACAUCAGCGCCAGAAGGUUUCACAGACUCCAUCUUGGAUUACAACUACGAGUACAAGAUCGACGAUUACUAAGCGUAACACCAAGGUCUUGUUCCAGUACAUUUACAAUACAUCCUUCCUCUCCACUUCCUUAAAGUAAUCAAGGUAGGGAGGGAAGAAGUAUACAUUUUAAAGUAUUUUGAACAGGACCAAUUUGUCAUAGGUCUAGCCCAGACUGUUAACUCAAUUCCUGGACAAUUAAGUGACCCCUUGAAAAUCUGAAUGGACUGGAUAUGCUUAAAAUCCAAUAACUCUGGUAGGAUAGAUUGACUCUCCCACUCCUAUAUUACAGAACCCUUCCAUUCUUUCAGAUCUACAAAAGGGCCACAUGAAGUGUUCAGGUAUAUUUACAAAAAGGAACAAUGAUGUUGAAUACAGAAACAGUCAGUCAGUGUUCUGUAUAACUGCUCGAGUAGGUCUUUUGAUACGAAGUUUAACACAAAUGAAAAUGUCAGUACUGAUAUCUGGGAAAGCCUGUUGACACCAAUUCAAUUUGAAGCUUUCCUAGAGAAUGUACUUCAGAGAUCAUGUAGAUGUGCUGGUUGGAAAUUAAACUUGUUUUUACCACCACCUCCGCCCCUGAAGAGUCAAAACAAAGAAUGAAAGUUUCUCUUUUUCUUAUAAAAGUGUGGAUUUAUUUACAUUAUUUUCACCCAUGACAGCAAAACCAUAAUAUCGACAGAUGUUAAAUGUUAACUUUACAAAAUGUUAGUUGAAGGUUGAGCGAGAAAUCAAGAGAGAUUUUCUGAAAUGUUCCUCAUUACUUAGCUGAGGAAAGUUAUUUUUUCAAUGAAUAAAGGCUCAUUUACGUACA